GUGUGCGUGUAAAUAGCUGUGCUGUGCCGUAGCUGCUCCACGCUACUUUUUAUUCCCAGGACGCAGAAUAGUAAUAAAUCCUCCUCUGCUUGGAAAGGCAUAAUAAAGACGUCACCCUCCUGCUCGGGUUGGCUCAACCAAGCCAAGUGCGCAGCUAUUUGUAAGCUACAACAACAACAACCUCCAGCACCAUGCCCAUGGAUAACGUAGGGAUUUCUCUGAGAUCCCCUCGCCGUACGGAGACGAUAUCUGCGUCAGAUCCAUAGCAAAGACAGCCUUUAAUUCCUCUGGAUCUCUCUACUAAAAAAAACACACACACAGAGAGAGAGAGGGACUUGAUCGUGUUACGGGGCUCUUGUCGCAACAAAUAGGACGCAAGACGUGGAUUUGAAGGCCAUGGAGGAAACAGCUGCUGAAACGGCAGCCUCUACCACUGGUGCCACCCCACCAACCCCAAGACCUCAGCCUUCCUCCUAUGCACCCUCCCGCAGUCUGCUGGAGUGGAGACGGAGGGUCAAAUCUGAGUAUAUGCGCCUUCGCCAGUUAAAACGCCUUAAAAAAGCAGAGGAGGUCAAGACCCUGUUUAUGUCCAACAGGCAAAAGAUUGAGCAACAGACAAAUCUCCUGAAUGAAGAUUGGUCCAACCUCAGGAUUCAGUCCAUCCCUUUGUCAACUUCAAGUGGAGCUGCGGCCAACAAGAAGAUGUGUACAGUGGAGUUUGGCUUCCCAGGAUUCAAAGCUCAAGCCAUUGCCACGAGAUCAUUGUCAACAGUGGCAGGAAUCCCCUUUAUGUACUCCUGGUCACCUCUGCAGCACAACUUCAUGGUAGAGGAUGAGACGUUCCUUCACAACAUUCCAUACAUGGGUGAUGAGGUGCUGGAGCAGGACGAGGCCUUCCUGGAGGAACUCAUUGACAACUAUGAUGGUGUCCAUGGUGACAGAGAGGGGGGUUUUAUCAGCGACGAGAUCUUUAAACAGCUGGUGGAGGCCUUGAGCCAGUACUCUGACCAUGAGGAAGAGGACGAGGAGGAAGCAGUGGCGGUGGCGGUGACAGAGGCGGCGGGAAAGAAGGAGGAAGAGAGAGCGAUGAGGAGGAGUUCAGUGGAGGGUUCAGAAGAGACUAAAGCUGGGACUGUGGCGUUCAUCAGAAGGAAGAGGAGGAACACUACUGAGGCGAGGGACCUGACCGGCAGCAAGAAGAUCCCCAAUGAUACGAUAUUUACAGCCAUCGCCUCAAUGUUCCCUUACAAGGGCACCAUGGAGGAGCUGAAGGAAAAGUACAAGGACCUCCUGGAGCCCCCUAGCCCAAUCAAGCUGCCCCCCCUCUGCACCCCCAACCUAGAUGGACCCUUUGCUAAGUCUGUGCAGCGGGAGCAGUCGCUACACUCCUUCCACACACUCUUUUGCAGACGUUGCUUCAAAUACGACUGCUUCCUUCACCCUUUUCAUGCCUCACCCAAUGUUUACAAGAGGAAGAAUAAGGAGAUCCGAAUUGAGACUGAACCAUGUGGUGUGGACUGCUUCAUGUUACAGAAAGGGGCUAAAGAAUUUGUGGAUCAGAAUAUGUUGCGAUCACAGAGGUCUCGGAAGCGGCGGAGGCAGCAGCGUGCCACCAACUCCAGCUGUCCUGGGCCGUCUGGGUCUGCUGAAGAAAGCAAAGAGGCCGAAAGUGACCAUGAGACCACCUCCUCCUCAGUGUGUGUCUGUAUGUGUAUGCAUGAUACAGAAGGGAAUUCGCGAUGCCAGACUCCCACUAAGCUACGUCCAGGGGAUGAUGAUGGGGAGCAGCAGGCGUGCUGUGUGGUCCAGUGGAGCGGGGCGGAGGAGUCACUGUUCAGGGUGCUGCACGGCACAUACUUCAACAACUUCUGCUCCAUUGCUCGACUCAUCGGUACAAAGAACUGCAAAGAGGUCUACGAGUUUGCAGUGAAAGAGGUCCUGAUCCAUCGUGUACCUAUAGAAGAUGGAGGCAUCUCUCCCCAAAAGAAGAAAAGGAAACACAGGUUAUGGGCAAAGAUUCAGCUAAAGAAAGAUAACUCAUCCAAUCAGGUGUACAACUACCAGCCAUGUGACCACCCUGACCACCCAUGCGACAGCUCCUGCCCGUGUGUGAUAACCCAGAAUUUCUGUGAGAAGUUCUGCCAGUGCGAGCACGAGUGCCAGAACCGAUUCCCAGGCUGCAGGUGUAAGACACAGUGUAACACUAAACAGUGUCCCUGCUACCUGGCCGUGAGGGAGUGUGACCCAGAUCUGUGCAUGACCUGCGGUGCUGCAGAACACUGGGACACCUCGGUGGUCUCAUGCAAGAACUGCAGCAUCCAGAGAGGCCUAAAAAAGCACCUGCUGUUGGCACCAUCAGAUGUCGCCGGGUGGGGCACCUUCAUCAAAGAGUCUGUUCAGAAGAAUGAGUUCAUCUCAGAGUAUUGCGGAGAGCUGAUCUCUCAGGAUGAGGCGGACAGACGUGGCAGAAUCUAUGACAAAUAUAUGUCUAGCUUCCUUUUCAACUUGAACAAUGACUUUGUUGUGGAUGCUACACGAAAAGGGAACAAAAUUCGCUUUGCAAAUCAUUCAGUUAAUCCCAACUGUUACGCAAAAGUGGUGAUGGUGAAUGGAGACCACCGUAUUGGAAUUUUUGCCAAACGAGCAAUCCUGCAAGGAGAGGAGCUUUUCUUCGACUACAGGUAGAGUCACAGGCCUUUUUGUGACUCUCCAUCAGCUUCAAAAUACAGCCAAGCCGAUGCCCUCAAAUAUGUGGGGAUAGAGAGGGAGGUAGACAUGACUUAGCUGCACCUGCUGCCUACCUCCAUAACUUGUCCCUAACUCCUCAGCCACCCACUAACGCUUCUGUCCCUCUCUGCAGCGUCACACCUAGCUGACGAGUUUCUUUGUGCAGGCACUGUGUCUGCUCUCUCUGCUGCACUUCCAAAAAUAGAAAGUCCCUCCCCCCGCUGUUUGCAGGUGCUUCUGCUCUGCAGACAAUGUACCACGUCCCUCAAUGACAGCCGUCAGCUCUCCCCCUCAUCUGCCCAAAUUCAGCCACCUUGCAAGACUGUGUACGCCAAGCUUAUGAAAUUAAACUAUUUAAAGUGGAAAUACUAUUAAUCUGUAUUGCUUACUGCACCAAGAGGAUCACACUUUUUAUUUUUGUUCCAUCUUGUCAAAGCAAAGAGGCUACGAUUAUUCAUCAUGCAGUGUGUUACUCUCAGCAGUUUUGUUACUGUACUUAUAGACACUUUUGUUUGACCUCUCAAUACUUAAUGCAAGCUUUUACAUAGUACCUAAUAAUGAUCAGUGUAAUGCAUGUGCUGUCUCUUGGAUAAACAAACCAUUAAACAUGUUAGUCACAGCAUUAGCUUCAGUCAGGUGCUGCUCUAUGCAGUCACUCAAUAUGUAGUGUGAUGUUACCCGCUAGCUGGUCUUCAGAAGAACUCGACCAUGCUUGUUCCUCUGUGAACCUUUACAGCAGCUAGCAUCACCACCACAUCUUUAUGGUGAAAUAAGUUAUUGUGCAUUUAUAUCAUUGUUCUGCAAAAAUAGGCAACCAGACAAGAAACCGACUGACUGAAUGUAACCUAUAGAUGAUGGUGAAGAGAUCUCAUUCUGUUUUUAAUUUUACACUUUUUCCCAUACUAUUGGUACUCAAAUCAACGCACAUGCAAAUCUAACAUUCGUCAUCUCGUUUACAUGAUCUUGAGGCCUUCACACUUUGUGAGGCAAAUAAUUAAUAAAUGAACUAGUCACACAUUAAAUGUCUUCCUUUUAAAAAACAAAUAAGUGCCAAAUGAUUCCACACAAAAAAAGACUGAAACCAUGUGGAUGUGUUGCAUAAUUAACGGAGCUGUGUUGAAGGUAAACGUUACAAGGUUAUGACUAUGGGAAAAGCAAAAUGAUCAGUGUUUGACCAAAUAUUAAAGUCCCCCACAUGUGAAUGUAAAAUAUCACUUAUCAUUUUUUCGUUUGUUUUUUUACGUCCAGAUUUGUUAUUCACUGUUUUUCAUUCAUUAAAACAAUAAAGCCCACAUUGAAAUGAGAUUUCUCAAUAGAAAUGAACAAAAUGGAGUUUACGGCUAUGUACAGUGUAUGCCUAUAAAAAUUAAAGGUUUAACUUUAUACA